AUGGCCGGCAUCAAGAGAACACGCAUCAUAUUUGCGCUGGUCAUCACCGUCGUCCUGAUCUUGCUGUUCAAAAAGGGCGACUCGAAUCCUCAAACACCCCAAUGGACACCCAACUCACCACCAGGCGGCUCGCUCAUCAACGUCGACAUCCCUCCAGAUCGCGUCGAGGUGCCCAUCAUCGACAAUAACCUGCAGUUCCAGCCGCCGCCAGUUCAGGCGCAUGUGCUUCUCGACGCGCAUAAACUCCCGACAGCUGACGACUUCAUCCCUCACUUCGCUGCCGUCACCAACAUCAAGGGCAUCGCCCAGCAAGAGGCUCGCGCAUCAUGUACCUGGCCAGCGGACAUGUACGUCGAUUUUCAAUUCUCCGACUCUCUGCCAUGGGUUAUUGAGGACCGACCGGUGCUUGAGAUCGAGCUGCGCAGACGCGAAUGGCAGGACUUUGUUAAGAGCGGCAUGAUCCCAUACGCACGCGCCAAGGAUCGCUUCUCCGGAAGAGGAUUGGUCAUAGUCGCGGGCAACGCCGACACGGUAAUGCGCGUCAAGGUGAUCUUGCGUCAGCUGAAGAGGCUCCGGUCGACAAUUGCAGUUGAGAUUCACUAUUGGGACACCGAGAUGGACAUGGGCGUCAUGGCGGAUCUCAAUGCUCUCUAUGAGCCGAUAUACUACAAUGAUCUCUCCAAAGAGCACAACAUUGUGCAUAUCAAGAAGGAUGGGAUCUUCGGGAUCAACUACCAGCUGAAGACUGCCGCACUGCUCAAUUCGCGUUGGGCUGAGCCUCUGCUGCUCGACUCCGACAACAUUCCCAUGAUCGACCCAUCGAUUCUCUACGACUCGAUGCAGUACACAGAAUACCACUCCGUAUUCUGGCCCGAUAUUGCUCGCACGCGGCCUCAGAAUCCCGCUUGGGCCAUCUUCAACACGCCAUGCAAAAUGGCCGAGCACGAGCAGGAGAGCGGGCAGCUUCUGGUAGACAAACAGCGUUUCUGGUACCACCUCCAGCUUGCAUCGUGGCUCAACAAUGAGCAGGGGAAAUACUACAAUGAGAUGUUGCUGGGCGACAAAGACAUGUUCCGUUUCGCGUGGCACGCUCUACGGACAACGUUUGGAAAGCCCAAAAAAUGGGUCACGAGCGUCGGAACGGAGAAUGAUGGCUUCUACUGCGGACACUCGUUCGCGCAGCACCACCCCGACGAUGGCCGUAUCGCCUUUCUUCAUGGAGGACUCGUCAAGACUGCUCCUCUCGAAGUCAUGAGGUGGAACCGGGACGUCAAGGGCGGAUAUCUUCGGCAUUACAAGAGAGCGCCGAGCGAAGAGAGUCCCGAGGUGAACGUCAACGUCGCCAUCAAGUGGGACGGCGCUACUUACAUGCCUCAGCAUUCUCAGAAGUUCGUUGCGGCCCAGUGCACCGACAUGUUUGAUGUCCAGGCAAGAGACUUAAAUGAGAUACUGCCUGGGGUCGAGCAGACGUUUCGCGAAAUCGGUGGAUACUGGCAGCUGGAUCAGGAAGAUGCGACGAAGCUGGGCCAGUCUGGGUCUUUACCUGCCAGCUGA